UUUCAAUCUGUCAAACUGUUUUUGUCAAAAUAUUUCAGCUGCUGACGAGACGAUUGGAAAUAAAAAGUUGCUGCUGCUCCGUUCCAGAAUAAAAAACCGCACGCGGAAAUGGAAGCCGACUUUGAGCCGCUAGAGCCAUCACUCCGGAACAUCAUCGACCAGAAAAGCUUAAAAUGGAUCUUCGUCGGUGGCAAAGGCGGAGUAGGAAAGACCACAUGCAGCUGCAGCUUAGCGGUCCAGCUGGCCAAGGACCGGGAAUCGGUGCUGAUCAUCUCGACCGAUCCGGCGCACAACAUUAGCGACGCCUUCGACCAGAAGUUCACCAAAGUCCCGAGCAAGGUGAACGGGUUCGACAAUUUGUUCGCGAUGGAAAUUGAUCCGAACGUCGGUUUGAACGAACUUCCCGAUGAGUACUUUGAGGGUGAGAACUCGGCGAUGAAGCUGAGCAAGGGCGUCUUCCAGGAGAUUAUCGGUGCGCUGCCCGGAAUCGACGAGGCGAUGAGUUACGCCGAGGUCAUGAAGCUGGUCAAGGCGAUGAACUUUUCGACGGUGGUGUUCGAUACGGCUCCGACCGGGCACACGCUGCGGCUGCUUUCGUUCCCGCAGGUCGUGGAGAAGGGACUGGGCAAGCUGUUGCGGCUGAAGAUGAAGCUGGCGCCAUUCAUCUCGCAGAUGGGGUCGCUGUUCGGGAUGCAGGAUUUCAACGCGGACACGCUGACAGGCAAGCUCGAGGAAAUGCUCACCAUCAUCCGGCAGGUGAACGAACAGUUCCGCAACCCGGACCAAACCACCUUCGUGUGCGUGUGCAUCGCCGAGUUCCUCUCGCUGUACGAAACCGAGCGGCUCGUCCAGGAGCUGACCAAGUGCGGCAUCGACACGCACAACAUCAUCGUGAACCAGCUACUCUUUCGGCGCGAAGGCCAGGCCCCGUGCGCCAUGUGUUCGGCCCGGUACAAGGUGCAGGGCAAGUACCUGGACCAGAUUGCCGAUUUGUACGAGGAUUUCCACGUGGUGAAGCUGCCCCUGCUGGACAAGGAGGUGCGCGGCGCGGAAAAGGUUAAAAAGUUUUCGGUGAACCUGAUCGAACCGUACUCGCCGGAAAAGGCGGCGGCGGAGGCGGUGGCGGAGGAGGAAGAGGAGGGAACUUCGAAGUAAAUUGAGUCUUUGUGGGAAAUUUGGUUAGGAUUGUCGAGCUUGGGACACAAAUAAUACAUAUAUUUUGUAACAUUUCAUCGUGGUUAGAUCUAGAGGCUCGCUUGGGACAGAGAUCUUCAUUUUUUGUUCGAGGAAUUUUGCAGACUGAUCGUCUUUGAAGUUUUUCGACAGGUGAGAAGCAGUUUAUUUACCUAGGUAGACGUUAUUGAAGAACAUUACAUUGUUUGGUUGGUUUUAAGAAUGUUUUGAUUCCGAUAGCUAAGUUAACUUUUAUUUCUUAUGGAAUGUAGCAUCUCUGUCACAUGAUCGAGAGAAUGAAAUAAAUCUUGUCUAUCAAAAAAUAUAUA